UAUCAUCUGUACAAGGGAAAGGAAAAAAAGAUCAUCAGUACAUAGUCCAGAGUCAGAGAGGGCCUUACAGAACCUCAUCCUUCUUCUCCCCAACACUCACGCAGACCCGGCACCAACACGUUUGAUAAGAAGGCACUCCUCCCUUCUUUGAGGAAAGAAAGAAGAGAGGCGGUAAGGAUUGGAAUGAGAAGGGAGAUGGAGGGGGGAGCAGGAGGAAGAACCAUGCUGGUGAUGAUGGUGGUGGCGGCGACGAUGGUGGCAUCCCACAUUGGAGGGGUCGGAGGGCAGACGCAGGAGGACUGUGCUGCGAAGCUGAUCCCCUGCAUGGAUGCCGUCAACAACACGUCGAUGAAGCCGGGGAAAGAAUGCUGUAGCGCCCUCGGCGACGCCAUCAAGAACGAGCUGAAGUGCCUCUGUGCUCUCUACAACAGCUCGGGUAUCCUAGAGAACUUGAAGGUCAACAAGACUCGGGCUCUCGAGAUCCCCGGGUUGUGUGGACUCUCCAACGACCUCAGUCAUUGCAGCUCUGCGGCAUCUGUCCCCUCUCCACUUUCUCCGGAGACGCCAACUUCAUCUCCAGGUUCAGGUAAGCAGAUCAAUGGAGCUUUGAGGAUAACAUGGUCGUUAAAGCCAUUGUGGACGCUUGGUUUUCUCUGGAUGUCGCUCAAUAUGGCAUGAGCUGCUAGAAUUUCACUUAAUAAAAAUAAUAAUCACUCUAUUAUGGAGUAGCCUUCAUCUUUUGAGCUGCUCCACUGUAUUAUUUUAGGGCAUCUCUUUCUUCCACACAGUCGUUUUAUGAUUUUACUAGUCGUUCAUGUUGACACUAGACUUGCUUUUGGUCGCUUCAAUUUGUUAUAAUACUUGUCAUUUAAGAUACUCA